UCGGCCUGAAACGUCGACUGUACCUCUUCCUAGAGAUGCUGCCUGGCCUGCUGUGUUCACCAGCAACUUUGAUGUGUGUUGCAUGGCCUUUAAAUUUCGAUGGUUUUUUAAAGAAAUUCCAUUGACUUUCUAAUAGGCUGGAGGAGAGAGGCAGUGCACCGCGUGCGUGCGCAGCCCUCCAGUGAAAAAUGAUAUCGUAUCUGUUUUAAUAGGGGCCGUGGACAAUUCUGAUUUGAUGGGGAGUGGACGUGAAAGCACAGAGGAACAUCUGGAAAAAUUUCUGAAACGCUCGUUUGCUGCUGUCGUUACUGCGUGGUCGGGAAUCUUUCGGAGGGUAGGCCUGAAAAUCCCCGGCUUUGCCUGCUGGUGGCGACCGAGGUUGAGGUUGAAUCGUUCAGACAGAGAUGGCGCUCAGUACUCGGUGUCAGAAAGCUGAUCAGAGCUCGAAGUUUUUGGAUGACUCAGAGUCGGACUGUGGUCGGCAUGGCAGGGAGAGAUCUUCUUCCUUCUCCCAUCUGUGUGAGAUGUGGGACAUUUGAGAGACUUUGAACUUCACUGUGCUCAUGGACUUCUUCAUCAAGUUAUGUGGGCAAGCUCAUCUGAGAAAUACACCUGCAAUGUCUUCAGGUCAAGAUUCAAAGGCAAAGGCGAAGAAGGCUGGUGUUGUUCCCAAGACUAAAGGUCAUGAGUCCAUCCAGGCCACACCAGGCAGCGACAUGAAUAGUAGAGCUGGACCUAGCCAGGCAUUAGUGCCAUAUCAAACAUCGCAGUCCUCACAGGAAAACACAAUGCUUGGUCCAAAAGGAUACACAGUGAAACCUAUAGUUCCAGCCAAAAAAGCAGAGCUUAUCUCUGUUGCAAAAGCGAUGCACAGAGAUGAAUUUGGAAUUCGAGUGAAGGAAUUAUUUGAUCCAGAGAGGGAAGCAGCAUUAGAUGCACUUCAGACAGGAAUUUAUAUUGGAUGGCGAUGCCCUGAAUACAACUGGGAUUGCAUUCGUGUUGGAGUCAAAUCAAAGUGCUUUUGUGGACACCUCCUUGCUGAACAUGAACAUUUUACUGGUACCAGUGUACAAGUGCCCUGUGCAGUCUCAGGCUGCCAGUGCCGGGCUUUUGCCUUCAUUCCUUCCCGCCCUGAAGACGUAGGUGAAUUCUGGCUUAGAAAGCGAAGAAACUUCGACCCAAGCACCUGGAGAGCCAAGUGCCGCUGUAAACACAACCACGAAGAGCACAAAUCCACUGGAAGUCAUAAGUGCAACAUCAGUGGUUGUGCCUGUUCAAGCUUUGACUCAAAUUUCCUCUGUGCCGCCUGUGAUAAACAUUGGGAACAACAUCGUACAUUCUUUGAAACAGAAGGAAGCAGAAAAGAAGCUGGACUUCCAUAUGGUGAAGCUUACCUGCCCUUUGCAGAGAUGCCCAGCUUACGAAAUGCGGUACUAUCCGGGAAUGAGGAGGAUGACUCAGCAUACCAGAGCAUUACGAGUGGCACUGGACCGUAUUCACAUCUUGGACUUUCUCCCAACUCUGCUGGACCUGCUUUACCUUCAAACAAGAAGACGGGGGAAUCCUGAGAUGUGUGUAAUUAGUACCUACAGAUGUCACUGUCUGAAUAAAACAUCAUACAGUCAGGUUUAUCCUGUUUUGGUCCACAAUCCAUGAAUUCAUGGGUAGUUUAAAAAAAUUGAUUGCAUAAGCAGUAUUUUAAAGCUGCUUCCAAGUUCAAAAUAGGAAAAAUAGAAGUUCAUAUCCAGUGAAAAAUUUAUAAUUGCAAAAUAUCAUGAAAGAUCUCAUUUCCUGUACGAAGUUGUGCUGGCAAUUACAGCUUGUUGUUGACCAUAAUGCCAGAGAUGCACCACGAUAGCGUGGUGAUUAACGUGACGCUUUUACAGCUCGGGACGUAAAAGAGUUCAGAUUUCAAUGUUUGUACAUUCUUCCCGUGAGAGUGUGGGUUUCCUCCAAAAGUCUAAGGAAGUACCGGUUAGUGGGCUAAUUGGUUGUUGUAAAUUGU